AUGAGUAGCAGCAGCGGCAAUGCAUCUGGAAUCUCUGCAGUCAUCCAGAGCUGCUCAGAUUGCUCGACACGGCAGCUUCCCGCCCCGGCGGUCAACCAGAGUAUCUUCGAAGAGAGCCUUCACCAGCGCCUCUCCCUUCACAGGGCUUUCAAGUUCACUGCAGCGAUCGUCGAAGAUAUCCAGGCCGCCAAUGACUCUGGUAUCACCCCUAUCCUCAUCUCAGUGGGUCUCGACGGCUGGGCCUGUGACAUAAGGAUGAUUCACCCGUGGAUGCAAGCCUCAAACCUCCUGUUUGAAUUGGUCAUUCGAACCGCGAAGCCAGUGUAUGGCAUGACAGAUCGGUUUGCAGUGAGACACGGCAAUAUUUACUGGUGGACAUAUCAGUCCAAGGCGAUCUGGCAGGCGCUAGAACAAGGUGCUGGUCACGAUGAAAAGGCAGACGAGCUUAUUGCCGCCUGGAAGCUCCUCCAGUCCAGCAAAGACGUUGCCUUCGGCAUGUCAAGCGGCCGCAAUGUAGUGGACACAACCCCUCACUUUCCCGAGGUCGAAUAA